CGACUCUACAGGAUCAUCGACAUCAGCCAUGGCGACGCCUGCAUGCUCACGGUCGCUUAUGAGCGCAUUCAAAAGACUCAAGAUCACACCCCAGACGGCCUCAGUCCGUACCCAAGUUCGAUAUGUACACGAAACACCACGCAAUGCCGCGACAGCCUCAGAACCGCGACAGCCAUCCAAAGCGGAUCUCGUAAGUGAGAUACAACACCGCGCGUCACAAAUCCGCCUCCCCAAAGCCGUGCAAGCGACGUACCUUGCGCCAUUACGGCGGACUCCCACACACGACAUUCCCUGCGUCGAUCUCCAGCUCCGCUCCUACAGCGUCCGCAAUUUGGAAGUCUACGCCGACUUCGCCAUGCGCGCCGCCUACUAUCUCGGACUACCCGCCAAAGGCCCCAGCCCACUGCGACGGAUCGUUGAGCGCUGGACUGUGCCGCGGAGUAACUUCGUGCACAAGAAGAGUCAGGAGAACUUCGAGCGUCGGACGCUGCGGCGGUGGAUCCGCAUCGUCGACGGCCACCCAGAGACGGUCAACAUAUGGCUCGCAUACCUCCGGAAACACCAAUACUACGGUGUGGGCAUGAAGGCGAACGUUUAUGAGAACACUUCAUUAGAUGCUGCUAAGGCCAUGGAUCACGAGGCAGAGGAGGCAGUAAGGGCCGCGAAUGAGCUCGUGAAUGCAUUCCAUCCAGGUACAAAUGACGCAGCGCACGCGGAGGAUCUGCUCUUCGACCAACAGUUCAAGGGCGCGUAUGGUGCUUUGUCGGCGAUGGGAGGAGCGCAGCGGGUGCCGGAUGUAAGGAAUCGGAUGCCGCGAAUGCCAGUCAACACCGCGGAGGAAAUUGAAGAAGAGAAGGAAGCUUUUCAGGCGGCACAGCGAAACCGAAAGUAGAGUGACACCUUAUGAGACCCCUCUCCUUUUGUCACGUUCUGACAGUCUUCACACAUGUCGAUUAUUCUCGGAUUAUGGUUCCGUGUGUAUAGCAUCACCAAUUAAAAAAGCCACAGCUGAUGACACAUACUCUGCUUGGGCUUGCUCGCUUUACUUGUCAGGGAGCACCUCCAGGAAGGAGCACUCACUCAAAAUACCAUUCUGAAGAUUAUAAUUUAGAAAUUCCAUGAUCGCAUUAUGGUUGCCAUCUGUCUCAGACAGUGCAGCCAGUAUAUCGACAGCUCAAAG